CGUGGGGCCCCCCAUGCAGGAGCUGAAGGACCUGGGCGUCACCGUCUUCAUUGUCAGCACCGGCCGGGGCAACCGCCUGGAGCUGUCGGCCGCUGCCUCGGCCCCUGCGGAGAAGCACCUGCACUUCGUGGACGUGGAUGACCUGCCCAUCAUUGCCCGGGAGCUGAGGGGCUCCAUCCUCG